AUGGGUAGAUUACUUCUCUCCUCCAGCCAGGUCUCCGUCAUUCUGUCUGCAGCAAUUGUCUUACUAUUCACAUUUGCCCUCUUCCUUUCGGGUUGGGUACUGCAACAACGAUAUGUGCAUUCGCUGCAAGCCGCCAUAAAACCACGAUUACCGAAGCCAUUGCCGCCGCCGGUGCCAAUAGAACCCCCCACCUUGGAUGCAAAAUGGGCGCGACCGGUAGGCGGCCGGCCCGAGAUUGACGAUACAUUUGCGCAGUACUUGGCGGGGCAGACAAUGGACUGGAGUAGGCUGGGCUAUGUGCAGGUGGUGCGCGAGCAUGUUGAACUGUGCAGUGCCGUCAUGCUGCUGUCCGACUUGCAUAAGAUGAAGAGCCCGGCCAAGAGGAUAUUGCUGUUCCCAAAAUCAUGGCUGGCUACAACAGAAGACAACCACUACAGCCCGGAGAUGUCGACUACACGACGACUGCUGCGAAACGCGGCAAGGCGGUAUGCUGUAAGACUCAUACCUAUGGAUCCUAUAGUAGAAGGCGCAGAUGAAACAUUGCCUUCUUCCUACUCGCUGGCAACUCUAUAUUCGCUUGUCGACUAUGAGCGCAUACUAUACCUCCAGGGACCGGGUGUUCUGCUCGAUGCAUCGGCACUCGAUUCGCUCCUUGCGUUUUCAAAGUCGGAGCCAAUGGCCGCAUACCCAGCUACGCCAGAGCGGACGGACAUGUCGACGUCGUUGCUCCUGAUUCACCCCUCGCAGCAAAGCUACAACCAGCUCAGAACACUCCGCGCAUCGAAGCCCACUUCAGACCUAAACAUGUUCCGAAAGACGUUCAGUGUGCCAGAUGCUCUCAUAUCCGAGUGGUCGCUGUCAAUGGGCAACGUCGUCUACGAGUCAGAGAAGCUGCGCGAUGCUACAGAUGGUUUCAACGCGACUGCCUUUGAGAAGGCCACGACGUUUGUGAAGUUAUCCGACCCUGAGUUGCCCGGACCAGAGUACGAUGUGCCCUUUGCCGAACGCGCCAAGCUACGGCCGAAGAACGAGGAAGCGCAAGAGGCAUGGAGCAAGCUGUACGAGAGAUUUCGCCAGCAGCGGAUGGAAGUAUGCGGCCUUGACCUCGAGACGUACCAACCGAUAGCGGUAUCCGGUGGGGCGGAUGAAACGAAAGCGGUGGCUGGCGAGCUAUGA